ACAACAACGCAUUGAUCCCCUCCCCACCACCACAACAAUAAAAGAGAGACGGGUUUUAUUAUUACAAAACCGUCAAACAAACUCGUCAAAACGUCCAUAAAUCGCGGUAUUUAAAGAAACGCCGCGGAGUGCCAUGCUCUCGGAUGCAGACUAUUCUGGGAAUGCCUCUGGUGCCCGGAGAGCCAAGAAGAGGAGCUCCGGGGAGUCACCGGGGGACGGACAGACCCUGCGCUCCUCAGGAAGGCAAAUUAAUGUCCGUGUGAAGCGAACCAACAACCCUCCACCUGGACAGAGCAAAAGAAAAGCUACAGACACAGAGGAGGAAGAUGACCAGUGCGAGAAGAAGUACCGGAAGUGUGAGAAGGCUGGAUGUUCUGCUACGUACCCUGUUUGUUUCGCAAGUGCAUCUGAAAGGUGUGCUAAAAACGGUUACACAUCUCGCUGGUACCAUCUGUCAUGUGGCGAGCAUUUUUGCAACGAGUGUUUUGAUCACUACUACAGAAGUCACAAAGACGGCUAUGAGACUUUUGCUGCGUGGAAGAAGGUGUGGACUAGUAAUGGAAAAAGUGAGCCCAGUCUCAAAGCGUUCAUGGCAGAUCAACAGCUGCCUUUCUGGGUUCAAUGUACCAAACCGGACUGUAGGAAGUGGCGUCAGCUGACGAAGGAAAUCCAACUUACUGCUUCCCUAGCAGCAACAUAUCGCUGUGGAAUGAAGUUCAGUAACAUCAAGAGUGAGGGACCAGACCAGUGCUCCCAACCAGAGGACUUGAGAGUGGCUGAGGUAACUGACAGCUGGUGGCAUUCGAUGCUGAUUUUGCCGCCGUUGUUUAAAGAAAGCCCGGCCAGCCCUUUCCUCGCUGCUUACUAUCCUGACUGCGUUGGAAUGAGUCCAUCAGGCUCUCCCAGCAACGUGUCUCUAACUGAUCUGAGGGCAGAUCACUGCAGAGCCGUCCAGCCACAAAUUCCAGGUCUGUGUCCGUACUUUCAGCCCUUUUACCAGCCUAAUGAGUGUGGCAAGGCACUGUGUGUGAGACCGGAUAUGAUGGAGCUAGAUGAGCUUUACGAGUUUCCAGAAUUUUCCCGUGAUCCCACCAUGUAUCUGGCUCUGCGCAACCUUAUCCUGGCCUCGUGGCACAAGAACUGCAAGGAGGUGCUGACGUCUCAGAAGUGUGCACAGCACAUCAUUGUCCGGGGAUUGGUGCGUGUGCGCUGUGUGCAGGAGAUGGACCGGGUGCUCCACUUCAUGACCAGGAAGGGUCUGAUCAACACAGGUGUGCUGGCUGUCAAACGUCCUCUGCUCCCUGAAAGAUAUCGCUCUAAGAACGUUGUCAUCAUUGGUGCCGGAGCUGCAGGGCUGGCUGCUGCACGGCAGUUGCAAAACUUUGGCACUCAGGUGGUGGUGCUUGAGGCGAGGGAGAGAAUUGGAGGUCGUGUGUGGGAUGACACCUCUCUGGGCGUCACUGUAGGUCGAGGAGCUCAGAUUGUAAAUGGCUGCAUAAACAACCCCAUCGCUCUGAUGUGUGAACAGAUGGGAAUCAAGAUGCAUAAAUUGGGAGAGCGGUGUGACUUAUUUCAGGAGGGAGGACAGGUCACUGAUCCGGCCAUCGACAAGCGCAUGGACUUCCAUUUCAACGCCAUCCUGGAUGUGGUGUCAGAAUGGAGGAAGGACAAAUCCCAGAACCAGGACACACCGCUCGGAGAAAAGGUCCAAGAAGUUAAAAAGAACUUUCUUCAGGAGUCUGGGAUCCAGUUCAGUGAGCUGGAGGAGAAAGUACUUCAGUUUCAUCUCAGCAACCUGGAGUACGCCUGCGGAAGCACGCUAGACCAGGUAUCUGCCAGAUCCUGGGACCACAAUGAAUUUUUUGCCCAGUUCUCAGGAGACCACACUUUACUCACCAAGGGCUACUGUUCUAUACUCCACAAACUGGCCGAGGGCCUCGACAUCCGCACAAAGUGUCAGGUUAAGACCAUUGACUACUCAGGUGACGUUAUCAAAGUUACUUCCUCCAAUGGUUCCCAGUGGACAGCGCAAAAGGUUCUUGUUACUGUCCCGUUGACUCUACUUCAGAAGAACUUAAUUCAGUUCAACCCCCCACUUCCUGAGAGGAAACUGAAAGCGAUUCACAGUCUAGGAACAGGCAUCAUAGAAAAGAUCGCUCUUCAGUUCCCCUCCAGAUUCUGGGACAACAAAAUCCAAGGGGCGGACUAUUUUGGCCACAUCCCGCCGGCUCCUGACAAGCGAGGCAUGUUCAGUGUCUUCUAUGACAUGAAUCCACAGGGAAAGCAGGCUGUCCUAAUGUCUGUUAUCACUGGUGAUGCCGUUCCUUCUCUCCGGGACAUGGAGGACAAGGAUGUGGUAGACGAGUGCAUGAAUGUCCUGCGUGAGCUCUUCAAAGAACAGGAGGUCCCAGAGCCACUUCAUUCUUUUGUUACACAUUGGAGCAAAGACAUGUGGUCCCAGAUGUCCUACAGCUUUGUGAAAACAGGAGGCAGCGGAGAGGCCUACGACAUCCUCGCUGAAGACGUGCAGGGAAAAGUGUUCUUUGCUGGCGAGGCCACCAACAGACACUUCCCUCAGACUGUGACUGGAGCCUACCUAAGCGGAGUCAGAGAGGCCAGCAAGAUGGCUGCUAUGUAAACUCUUACAGUCCCAGAGCACUCAAAAACACCAGCAUGGACACACACGGGUUGCACAGAGCAAUGCAUCAUGCAUUCAUGAACCCGGGCUGUGACUCCAUAAUGGCUCCACUUGACAUGAUGUUUCACUGAACUGUAAUGUGUCUGAUCAGCAAGAUGCCAUUACUUGCUUUCUAAUAGUGGGGUCAAGAAGGGCUCUCCAGGGCCUGGCUCUAAAUAUUUCAUACAAGAUAAGUUAAACACUUUAUAUUUAAAUCAAAAAUCCAAUGUUCUUUGUUGGUGACAAGAUGCAAAAAAAACAAAAUGUAGCAAGACAUGAAUAAUGGAUAUUACCUGUGCAGCUCUGCCUGGGUCGGCUGUGCUGGAAAGCAGGAUGUUGUUAAAUUUGUUUAAUGAAUGAUGUACUUAGCACUUCUGUGAUGGUCAGAAACACUUCAUUUUGAGAAAAUAUGGUGCAUGAAACAUUGGUAAAUCGUCUAAUCGUGAACUCAGUUGCAUAUGAUUUAAUCUCCAAGGAACUCUUAAGAGAUUAUAUUGCAGUGAUAUUUAAAACAUUUUCUUUGUAGAGUUACCUACCGAUGUUUUUUACAACUGUAAUGAUUUUGUAUUGUUCUAUAUGUGAUUAAUGCGUUGGUACAACUGGUGACAUAAUAUGCAGGAAAGGUUAGAUAUGUUUGAGUAUUUCUGUGAUUUAGCACUUUUGAUUUAGAGCGGUUAUUUGAUUUAAGACGGCAAAAAAAAAAAAGAAUAGUUGAUGUGCGUGAGAAGUUGAAUUCCCCGCAGGACUGAGUGUGAUGAGAAGACACCAAGUUGCCCCCCUUACUUUCUCAGGGAUGUGAUCAGGACAACAGAAAAUUAUGUCAUUGGACAAUGCUGAGGAUGGUUAGAAACCAAAUAACAGCCAACCAACCAAAGGAGGAGAAAAAAACCUCCAUAUUUGUCUUGUAGUAGUUCCUGAGUAAUUCUGUAAGUUCCUGAGGUUUGGGGUUGGGGAACAGCACAACAAUGUCCUCACUUUCUUCACUUUAUGUUGACUAAUGAAGCUUUAUAUGUGUAGGUCCUCAUAUUUCUGUUAGUACAGGUAGAUGAUCAUGUCUUGUUAGUCAGACAUUACAGUGCUUGAGUAUUUAUCAUGUGUGUAAUAAAACUGAGCUGUCAACUGCCAUAA